CGCGCAUGGUUGGUGGGGGGGGUGUGUCUCUCGGCGUCUGGUUCAUCUCGACUCUCCCCACUGGAAUAAAUAAACAAAUAAUGCUCACGCGAAGGGGCUCCGACCUCGGCCGUCAGCUGUCGGUGGCGGGCGCGAGAGAACGCGGCGCCGGGUGAGAGUGCGAAUCCCUCCUCUGUCUGCCGAGCGGAACGAUCCCUCGCCGAGGAGGAGGAGGAAGAGGAGAAGAACGGCCCGAAGCCCGUUUGGGGCCGGGAGACACGGCAGGGGAACAAUCAGUGGCGCUCUUAUGUCUGCCCGGAGCGCGAGCCGCAAACCCACGGUCGCAGUUCCUCGCGGGUUCACGGCCACCGUCAAAUGGCAGCGGCGCGUCGGAGCGCGCUGCUGACGCCGCCGCCGCCUCCUCCGCUCCAGUCACCGCCUCGAGACGCGCCUCUCGCGUUCCUUCCCCGAGCCGGUGAGGCUCAUGUGAGCGCGACCCCUGCCCGACAUCAUCCUCCUGCUCUUCGACUCGAGCGAGCACAGCUCCACGGAACCGGUGAGCGGCACCUGGAGCGCCUGGGCUUCUGCUCCUCCUCUUGUCCACUCGCUGCCUCCACCGCCUCCUCCUCCUCGUCGUCGUCCUUCCGUCCGCGGUAACGGGAGUCGCUUUAGUCGCGGGCGCCUCUGAUGCUCCUGCUCCUGCUACCGACGUGAAUCGUUGGCGAUCGUCAUCGCCUCGGAGGAGGGUUUCGUUGAGUGGCUGCCACAGCAGCUCGUUUGCUCCUGCGUGGCUCGCUCGCUCUCGUUCGCUGGGCUCGCAGCACCCACCGCCAGCACCGUCAGCGCCGCGCGCACCAAACUCGACUCCGCCGCGGUCUCCGCCGCCCCGCGGCUGACCGAGGCGAGUUUUACGAGCGGCGCUGCUGAGCGGGGACUCACGGAGUCGUGGGGGCGCGCGAGGCGGCGAUGGACGAGGCUGACGGGACGACGAGGGGCAGAGGCUGAACAGGCGCCGUCAAAGCGCACCCCGCUCCUGAACGCCACCAGCCUCGUGCCGAAGGAGCCGUAUGCCGGGGGCGCGUCGCCUCCUCGCCAUGCUCUCCAUGAUGCGGCUGAGGGAUCGUGGCGUACAGAGCGUCCUCACGCUCUCCGGCGCUUUCGCCGCCUUCACGCUCAUGGCGAUCUCGGUGGGCACCGACUUCUGGCUGUAUUCGCGCGGCGUGUGCCGGGACCGCACCAACACCGACAACGAGACGGUGAAGCGCAACGAGGAGGUGCUCACCCACUCGGGCCUCUGGCGCGUGUGCUGCAUGGAAGGGAGCUCCAGGGGCGUGUGUAAAACCAUCGACCACUUCCCGGAAGACUCGGAUUUCAAGGACACGGCAGAGUACUUACUCCGGUUGAUGCGCGCCUCCAGCAUCUUCCCCAUCUUCAGCGUGCUGCUGCUCCUCUUCGGAGGCCUCUGCAUCGCGGCCAGCGAGAUCUACAAGUCCAAGCUGCACAUCGUUCUCGGUGCCGGCAUCAGCAUGGUGGCGGCAGGCCUGUCGAACAUCAUCGGCAUCAUCGUGUACAUCUCGAGCAACGCGGGCGACCCCAACAUGAGCGACCCGAAGAACAAGAACUACUCGUACGGCUGGUCCUUCUACUUCGGCGCCCUCUCCUUCUUCAUCGCCGAGACGCUGGGCGCGUGGCUCGUGCACGUCUUCAUGGACGCGCACCAACACGCCCUCUCUCAGGCGCUGCCCGGCAUCAUGCCCGGCAUGGGCCUCGGUGUCACGGCCAUCGACAGCGACGACUAUCUCAAGAAGCCCUCUUCCUCCUCCGCCUCCAUGGCGGCCGCUUCGUCAUCCGCGGCCGCAGCCGCCGCGGCUGCCCAGGCGAUGGCAGCCGGAGGAGGCAUCGGAGGAGGAGGAGGUGCGGGCGGGAUGGGGGUGGCGGGGAUGCGACUGCCCAGCUACCGCUGGCGCUCACGCGACCCGUCGCCCGUUGGCUUCAAGCCGCUGAACGCGCAGCCGUCCACGGACACGCUGGCCAUGUACACGCUGCCGAGGGACUCCCCGCCGGACUUCAACCCCUUCGUGUCGGGCGGCCAGCAGAGCGGCUCGGGCAGCGGAGCCGGCGGGAGCGGCGGCGGCGGUGGGGUCGGAGGCGCCCCCACGGGCAGCGGCUCCGGCAGCGGCACGGGCACCGCGGCGGAGAUGUUCGCCGUGCAGAACUGCCUGCGCAGCGAGCUCGAGGAGACGCUGUUCGGCUCGGCCGCCAACCGCAGGACGACGCCCGUGUGAGCGGGGAGCGGUGGCGGUGGUGGUGACGAUGGUGGUGAGGAGAGCCACUCGUCUCGCCACGCGGAGGAGAGAGUCGUGGGGGGCGGGAGGCGGCGGUGGGGGGGCAGGGGUGGGGGUCCCAGGUGGAGCUGGGUCACAUGACAAUCCUCCCAUCGCGCUCAGGGAAAUCCUCAGCCCCCAGCGUGGAGCCGACCCGAGCUCCGUCCCACCGCCCCACCCACCUCUGUCCACCUCCAUCAUCCGUGCCGGCUUCACCAGCCCUCCCCGGCCCCCCCACCGAGGGUCCGCGGGUUUGACUCGGGGGGUGCCGGGUAGGCACGCGGGGUGGUGGGGGGGCAACCGCCACGGCUUCGGGGCAGUGAGCGGCUCCGAGGGUGGUCGAGAAGGGCUCCUUGUCCCGGGGGAAGAACGAACGACCGAAGAAACGAAAUGAAAGUGUUCGCGCUCCACGAUGAGGUUGAGAUGGUUCCUGGCCCUGAAAACCCAACGUCCUACUCCCUGAUCCUCGUCCUGCCCUGCCCGCACCGAACCCAACUCCGUCGACCUCUGCCCGCGUCGCGCGUAACGCGCAAGCGAGCGCAGCGCAGCGCAGCGCCGACUCUGACCGCUCGGAACUCCACGCAGUGCUUUGCACAGCAGUAGUAAUUGACCAACCACUCAGUGUGUCACUUUCUCUCUCUCUCUCUCCUGUCUCAGUCUCUAGCAUAGCCACCUCCCCCCCUAAUCCGUGUUAUCCAUCGCCCCCUUCCUCCCUCCGUCCGUCCCCUCGUCGCUGUUUACACGUGACAGACGCGCGCCGCGCGCUCUGCGAUGAUGCGAGCUGAGUUCCUCUGCGCCGUUGGUACCAAUCGAGUUCGUGAAGUUUGCACCCCCCUCCUUCUCCUUCCCCUGCGCCAACAAAAAAAUGUGAUCACUCUCUUUCUGCUGCUGCUGGUAGUGGUGGUGGUGGAAGCCCGAGAGAUAGAGAGAGGGAGGGGCAGGGUGGUGGCUGAGACGUGAGUGGAUGGACGUGCUGUGACGCGCACUGACCCACAGUGGAAUACGGAGCCGCGUGUUUACUCCGCAAGAGAAGGGCUCCCCCCCCCCCCCCACGUGUUCCUCCGACUCGAGGAGGUUGGGGCUGACGGAAGAAGAAGCAGCGAGCGAGUGACGGCGCCUGGACCCAAACAAUUGAGCCCCCCCCGCCCACCCCUUCCCUUACAGGGCGCCGAGUGAGUCAAAGCCAAAAAAAAAAGAUAUAUAAUAAUAUAUUAUUUUAUGCUAAACAUUAUUAUAAAGAGGAUAUUCAUAUACUUCAUCUGCAAAUUGUACUUUGAUCUCUAUGAUGUGUAACAACAAAAGAGAACACGUUGUAUAACCUGUAGGGCGUAGACGAUUCGUGGUGUGAUGCCUUCCGUGUUUACUGUGUGUCCACGUGUCACCCGCGCAUGUUAUUCCUGUAACCGAGCCACACCACUGUCUUGCAUGUUGGUGAUGACUUUCCUGUGGGCGAUGCCAUAUUCCGUUCCUGUGUUGUACCGGCAAGCGGUGUAGUGAUGGGAACUGUGAGCCGGAGUGCGUGUGUGUAAGUCUGUGUGUGUGUGGGGAGCGGUGGCGUAGCGGUUAGCGCGCUGCGCUAUGAACCCGGCGACCAGAGUUCGAUUCCCGCUCACGGCCAACACCAGUGACGAUUAUUUGAACCGGUCCUGGGCCUUCCCUAGGUCGACUCAGCCUCGAAUGAGUAUCUGGUGCGGUGUGUAAACAUCGCUACUAGGGAGACAAAGGCGGUCGGGCGUGGUGCUGGCCACCCACCCCCUCGUGUACCGUUCCGGCCUUCAUAGGUGCUCGCUAACAGCACUUGCCCCUACAGUCUGUUAAGGCUAUACGGGGGAUCUUUGUGUGUGUGUGUGUGUAUGGGGAGCGGUGGUGUAGCGGUUAGCGCGCUGCGCUACAAAUCCGGCGACUCGAGUUCCGACUCCUGCUCGCGGCCAACACCAGUGACGAUUAUCGGAACCGGUUCUGGGCCUCCCUUAGGUCGACUCAGCCUCAAAUGAGUACCUGGUACGAUGUGUAAACAUCGUCACUGGGGAGACAAAAGCGGUCGGGCGUGGUGCUGGCCCACCCACCCCCUCGUGUACCGUUCCGGCCUUCAUAGGUACUCGCUAACAGCACUUGCCCCAACAGUUGGUUAAUGCUAUACGGGGGAUCUUUGUCUUGUGUGUGCGCGCGUCCGUUAGAGCACUUCCCCAACUAUGUCGAGGUUUUCUUUUUUUAGGGGGGGAGGGGGGGAGGUGGGGGGAGAGGAACCGCGGCUCUCAGAUCGCUCGCUGAGCCGCGCAUCGCUCCACCGGAGCGGAGAGCACCCGCCACCAUCGAAGCGAUCCGUCUCCCCCAUGUGUCCGUCGACCUGCCGCGUAUCUCACAAAGGGCUCCCGGUGUAGGCAGAGAGCGUGCCGGGACCACGGACUUGGCAGCGGGCAUUGGUGGCGUUGGUGGCGACGGUCGGAAAUCCUCCUGGGGACUGAGUGAAACUUGGAGAGCGAGCCUGGUUGACUCGUGGAACGAUCAACCAUCGAUCUGCAUCAUCGUCGUCGUCCUCCUGAUGACGACUACCCCCUCGUGUCCUCCCGCGCUCGCCCCCGUGUUGCUGUGCACCUUGCGCUCAGAAACCAAAGCUGGGGUGGGCAUUCGUGUGCGUACAAUAUACAAGUAUUUAUUAUAUUAUAUCCGUUCAUAUAAUGAUAAUAACAAUGCACCGACUAUGGUGGGAAACUGUGAAUUGACGACGAUGGUACGGGGGAGAUAGUAAAAAAAUACGUAUGAAAUGCAAAAAUGACGUCUUUCAAAAAAAAUCGAUUGCUGGUUCUACCUUGUGGUGUGGAGGUGAAGAGUCGAGGACGCCCCCACCCCUUCCUCCCCCCUCCCCCCACAUCCCCCCACCACACAACCCACACACAACCAACACACGUGUGCGUGUUCUUUGAACGUCCCGAACCUCGCAGUUAAGAUCCACGAAAUGGCGGUGGGGUGGAUCUCGAAGACGUCGCGCGCGAAGUGGUCACCGACAUGACAAAUGAGCGGAGUCAAAAUCGCAGGCACCUUCUGAAGAUUCUCCCCUGGAGCUCUGCCCCCCCCCCCCCCGCCUAGGCCACAGCUGUACCCACCUGGGCCACUGCUGUCCCCACCUGGGCCACAGCUGUACCCACCUGGGCCACUGCUGUCCCCACCUGGGCCACAGCUGUACCCACCUGGGCCACUGCUGUCCCCACCUGGGCCACAGUUGUACCCACCUGGGCCACUGCUGUCCCCACCUGGGCCACAGCUGUACCCACCUGGGCCACUGCUGUCCCCACCUGGGCCACAGCUGUACCCACCUGGGCCACUGCUGACCCCCCAGGGGCUACAGCUGCCCCCCCCCGGUCAAUGCUGUCCCCACCUGGGCCACUGCUGACCCCCCCAGAGGCUCUGCUGUCCACUACUUUGCUGUCACGAGCUUUGCCCUCCCCGCGUGCCCGUGGCCCUGGUACCAUGGCAACAACAACAGCAGCAGCAGCAGCAGCAGCAGCCGGUGGCGUCACUGUUGACCUGAGGUUAGUCCGCAGCUGUAGCCGUGUCGUCGUAUAAUGAGAUUCAGGGGAAAUGCGUCAAAAUCGCUGAGUUCGCGCCCUCGUAUGGGCGACUUUGCCCGAGGGAUAGCGACGGGAGGCGGGGGUGGAGUGCGGGGGAGGAUGCAGCGGCGAUGGUGCUACACCGCACCCGGUCACGAGAGUCUCCGGUUCUCCCCUUCCUCUCCUCCCCCCGCCUCAUCCUCCCCGCCCCGCUCGCCUCCCGCUAAUUGCCCGAGCCAGGCGUGCGUCUGGGGUCGUGCGGGGUGACACCGCGCGCUCAUCGGGCGGACAGGCGAGAGGAUCUCGCGGUGGGUGUGAAAAUGUGGAGCGGUGUGGGACUCACGAAGCCCGAACGGGGGCGGCGGUCCUCGGAACCCGUCGUGACGAUCGCUGCGACGACAACACCGGCAAUAAACGAAUAAAUUAAAAUAAAUCAUAAAAUAAUGCUAUAAAAUAUCAAGACGCUGUCUCCCCGACAUACCUGGUCUUCACCUGAGGACGGCUACUUGCGUUGUGGCCGAAACGUCGUGAGAAUUAUUUUAUUGUGUUUUAUUGUAUUACUUUAUUAUUUCCAUUCUACGUGACUUUACCGAAAGAACCAAGAAGAUGAAUCCCUGCAGUCACGAAAGCUUUAAAUGAAAAUAAAUCAACGACGGCGAUCUAAAAUUGAGGGGCGCUACUCCGCCAGGUCGCCCCAAAUCGCCGUCGUUCUCCAUCAACGGUAGAACGACAUUCGCGCACCGGCGAGAGGUCGUCAAUUCGAUCCGGUGAGGUGUUGGCGCGCCUCGUGCGUGCGCACGCAAAGCCGAUUCAUCAACUAACCCCCACGCCACCCCCAGCCUGUGAGAGUCAAGGAGCUGUAAUUAGCGACGCGGACACGCGCCGCGCGUGCACGGCGCGAACUGUUUCUCGAUCGCCGCGACGUCGGGCGUUGGAGAGUCGCCACAUCCCCCCCCCCCCUCCCUCCCCACCCACCCCGGGGCCCGGUCUGAACCGUGCGGCCGGUGGCACCCGGGUCAGUCCGCUCGUCGUGUGCCCUCUCUGUGUGCGCGCGUGUCCUGGUCGUACGACGGACUGUUAAACGGUUCCGCGGACGAUGUGCCGCCGAGGUCACGUGCAGCAGCCCUUGUUGUCAACACGCUGCUGGAUAACGGGAAGCGGAAGGUGCUUCCGAUGGCGCGCGGGGGGUCGUGUGGAUGGGAUCGUGUGAACGUCAUGCUGGUCAGUGCGGAUUGGUGAGAGCGGGUCGCAUAGAUGUGUCACAGUACAGUACAACAACGCGUGUGUUUGCACUGCUCUACGCCGCCUACAGCGUCUGUUUGUUCGCACGGCGCUCGCCCGUCGGAACGACCCUCCCCGAUCUCGCCAACCCGGCUUCAUCUGCUUGAGAUCUGAAUGAGGAGACGGAGCGUGUUGUUGCGCACGUUUGGUCGAUUUUGGCACGGGCCGACACUCGCAGCGGGCUUAGUUAAAACAACAAAACGAAACUAAACAGAAAUCCGCGUCGACUGCCGCCCCCGUGACGAUUGCGGUGGUGGCUCUGGCGAGUUAACGCAGGAGGUUAAUUUCAAUACAAAUUAAAAUCCCAUGAAUAAUUCACGCUCCGCGCGCCCCGCGAGCCACGUUUGCAAAGCGCACUGGGGCCUGGCUGACGCGCCGCCCCUCGCACGAUGUAUUCAUUCCCCAUCGUCAAGCGUCAACAUCGUCAGCCAUGGUCCAUCCACUGCUAGACGAAGACCUCCCUUCUCACGUGUCCGCCACCACCUCUCACGAUCCUGUGAUGUAACAAUGCUCCGCCUAACGGAGCGUGCGCGCUCUCUCGUUCAUUUGGCCACUUGCGCUAAUUCGCCUGUUCGAGCGCAAACAUUCAGUCCUCUCCCAGAGCAAUCAGCGCCCGGGGGGGAGGGGUGGGGGGUGCUGGUGGGUACGGGGGCCUGGUUAUCGCGAGGGGGGGCGGGUGGGGAGUUGUGGGGGAGGGGGUGAGCGGGUUUGGGGUGAGAAUCCUGGGCGGUAGUGGAGGUGAUGUGGGGUGGAUGACACUCACGAUUUAUAACCCCCGCGCGCUGUGUUCCUGCCUCCAAUUGUCCUACCACCCACUAUUUUUUUAUUUUGACCGCGCUCGAUGAUAGGGAGUUCUCUCCCUCCCUCUCUCUCUAUGUAAUAACGCGCGCGCGGGUAACCAUAAUAAUACCAUUGUUAAUAACAACAGCAGCCGCGGUAUAGAAAUAAAAUCCAUCGCGUUACAUAAAACAUGAACGCGGUGAUGCUGUGUGCGGGGAAGGGAGCGGUCACGAUAGAUGAAUACAAGGGGUCAUGAGCCCCCCCCCCCCCCGCGGUGAGGGUGGGGGGGGGAAAGGGGGUUUGGUUGUGUGGGGGAGGGAGGGAGAGAGAUAGGCGGAGGGGGUGGGGGGUGUGCGACAGAGGGGGGGGGGAGGUGCAGACAGUUACGUAACACUCAUCGGAUGAACAUUCCCCGAAGCUCGCAACGAUUUACGUUGCGAACGAAGCGAAAAUACCACUUGAGAUGCGUCACGCGACCGACCGCUCGGUGUCCCCUGCCACGUGCUCCCCGCGGUGGCCUCGUCUCGUGCCGCGUGCCACGCGGGCGACUCGGCCACGCGGCUGCGCGGUGUCUCUUCUCGUGCCACGUGAGCGACUUUGCCACGUGUCCCCCCCCCCCCCCGGUGCCGCCCCCUACGUAACGCGCCGCUGUUCACGUGGCCUCAUUAGGCCGCUUUGUCGCACCUUGUCCACCUGGGGAGGAGGGAGGUG